AUGUUGAAAUUAAAUUUGGUCGUAAUUUUCUCUAUUGUGUCUGGAAUUCGGGGUUACAUACUACCUGCCUAUGACUUUUACCUGCCGAACCCUAAGAUCGUAGGCGGCGAGAAUGCCCCAGAGGGUUCAAUACCGUAUCAGGCCUCGCUAAGGAGUAUGUCAAAUUCGCACUUUUGUGGUGGUACUAUUUUAAGUGACAGAUGGAUACUCACAGCGGCUCACUGUACUGUUGGAAAGACAGAUCGCACUAUGAUCGUGGUCGUCGGGACCAAUAGUCUUCUGGCUGGCGGCGGUCAGUAUAACGUGGAGAAAAUUGUGGUUCACGAGCAUUACGAUGGGGUUCUGAUCUAUAACGACGUCAGCUUGGUCAAGGUGGCUACGGAGAUAGAGUUCAGUGAACGAGUUCAGCCCAUCGAGCUGCCCCAGGAGAACACAAACGCUGGAGCUGACCUAUUGCUCAGCGGCUGGGGAAGAUUAUCUUAUCCAGGAGUCUUGCCUGUCCAGCUGCAAAUGAUUAAUUUGGUGUCCUUGGGCGUAGAGGAGUGUCAGAAAAUUUACGAACACAUAAACCCCGUAUACGAUAGUCAGAUUUGUUCACUCACUAAAAGGGGCGAAGGCGCGUGUCAUGGAGACUCAGGUGGGCCGUUGGUGGAAGAUGGCAAGGUAGUGGGUAUCGUAUCCUGGGGUAUGCCCUGCGCCAGGGGCUACCCAGACGUAUAUACCCGAGUUUAUUCGUUCAAGGACUGGAUCGUUGACAAAAUGUCGGGACAGACAACGGAUGGAGCAGAAAAGCUCAUUGUGAUGAGUAAA